AGAAGUAGGUCCUAAAAUUUACUCUGGACUGCAGCCAUCCCAUCGAAGAUGGAAUCAUGGACGCAGCCAACUUCGAGCAGUUCUUGCAGGAACGAAUCAAAGUAAAUGGAAAAGCUGGUAAUCUGGGUGGAGGUGUGGUGACCAUUGAGAGAAGCAAGAACAAAAUCACUGUAACUUCAGAGGUUCCAUUUUCCAAGAGAUAUCCGAAGUACCUUACUAAGAAAUAUCUAAAGAAAAACAACUUGUGUGACUGGCUGCGUGUAGUUGUCAAUAGCAAGGAAAGCUAUGAAUUGCGAUACUUACAGAUAAACCAGGAUGAAGAAGAGGAGGAAGAGGAGGAUUAAAUCCAUGUGGAUCUG